UUUAAAUCGCACGUUUGAUUAAAUGUGUCGAUACUUGAGCUAGUAAUUUGUUAUAUCAAUAGUGAUAAUACAGUCCGUGUAGCGAAGUGCACGUGUGUUUUGAUUGUGACUUGAAGAGAAAAUGAGGUGUAAUUUGACAAUAAAAACUUUUUUUUAUAUAUCAACAUUAACGAUGUUGAUAUUUUUAUAUUUAUCAUUAAAAGAGAUUAAAAGUACUAAUCUCAGUUUAUUCAACAGCAAGAUACAGAAUGAAGUAGAUUCAGUGGAAAAAUUGGUAGCUAAAUUAGAAGAAUCAAAAGUAAUAGAGAAUUUUACAGAAAAUGAUUUACAUAAAAUGAAAUAUAUAUUGCAAUGGACAUCCUCUCAUAAUGUUCCUUUUGUGUAUAUGGGAAAGGGACAGCAAGGGUUCAUAGACAGGAAUUGUAGUUACAUUAAUUGUUUUGUUACAAGUGAUCGAAAUUAUCUUGGCGAUUAUACAAAAUUUGAUGUAAUUGCAUUCGCAGGACCUGAAAUAGUACGCGCACCUAAAAUUACAUUACCAAACAAGAGAUCCCCCCAUCAGAAAUUUGCAUUUGCAAGUAUAGAAUCACCAGAUUAUUAUCCAGUUUGUUCAGACAAUCUAAAUAAUUUCUUUAACUGGACUUGGACUUUCAAAGUUAAUUCAGAUGCUAGAUGGGGCUAUAUGGUGAUUCGAGAUUCAAAUAAUACUAUUAUAGGACCAAAUGCUGAAAUGCAUUGGUUAAGGCUGGAACAAAUGGAUCCCGUUAGCAACGAAUUCAAAAAAAAGUUAAAAACUAAAACAAAAGCAGCGGCUUGGUUUGUCUCCAACUGUUAUUCAAGGAGUGGUAGAGAAAAAUAUGUACGCCAAUUAAAUGAACAAUUAAAAAAGUAUAAACUGAAUGUCGAUAUUUAUGGUCGUUGUGGACCACUUAAGUGUUCUACUGAAAAGCACGAUGAAUGUGUCAAAAUGAUUCAAACUGAUUAUUAUUUUUAUUUAUCAUUUGAGAAUUCGUUAGCUGAGGAUUACGUGACUGAAAAAUUAUUGACGAGCUUAGAAAACGAUGCUGUGCCAAUUGUUUUCGGUGCUGCUAAUUAUACGAGGUUCAUGCCUGAUGGUAUAUAUCUGAAUGCAAGAGAAUUAAGCGCUGAAAAGUUGGCUGAGAAAAUGAACGACCUUAUACUUAAUCCUGAUCUUUACGUAGAAUACUUUAGAUGGAAGAAUCACUACUCGUAUCAUCGUAGAUCAGAAAGCAUAGAAACUGAUGACUACUGUCGAUUUUGUUCUAUGCUGAACGAACAAGACUUGGUCAACAAAAUUACAACGUAUCCUAAUUUUAGGAAGUGGUGGGAUCCUCCAAAUCGUUGUUGAUUUAUGUAUAUUUUUAUGUACAUUUAUGAUAUUUUUGUCUGAAGCUAUUCGUUUUUAAUUGUUGUAUCAGCAAGAUAAAUGAACUCACUUUUAUAUUAAUAAUA